CCCCUCAUGUUCCAGUGUUCGUCUGCCUCUCUUCGGCAGGCUUCACGCUAUUUGGCGGUACAAGCGCUCACACCCCUCAUACUCUCGCGUGUGUCGGUUGCAGACCGGUGGAGGGCUGCAGGGACGGGACCGCAGCACCGGGACAAAAACAAAGCCUCCACGCAGGAUGGACUGAAGCAACGACUGCUGCAACUAGAGGAAAACAACAUGGGGAAACCACCGCUCACCACAGAGGAUUUGCUUUCUCAUGAAACAUAGCAUUUUUGCCCUGUCCGCCACACUGCUUCAUCCGGGCUGAUGUGAAAAGGACGUUAUGAACUGACUGAGGGAGUCAGCGAACAGAUGAGUCACAUAUGAGUGAUAGCUGAUGUAACAUCGUUUGGGCCUGAGUCUUCUUGCUGACCAUGGAGCUAAUUGGACCAACAGAAAGGGAAAAAGUGUUUUUUCUCAUAUGUUCACCCUGCCAAUGACAAAACAAAUUACAAUCUCAGGCAGUGGAGAGGCGAUGACCUAAUUCAGAUGAAAUGACCUCAUACUGAUAAGUAGCUGGCCUCCUCACUGGGUGAUGGAACAUAAUCACAAAUGGACUCUUAUCAUCAAGGCUGGAGUGUGUGAGGUUACAUGAUAUUUCGGAGUGUGUGUGUGUGUGUGUGUGUAUGUUUAACGCAGAGGAGUGAGUUUUGAUGCUACAUGCAGCAAUGUUGCGGCGUGGACUGCUAGCCUGGGUCUCCCGUGUUGGAGGCGUGCUGGUGCUCCUCUGCUGCUCCCUGUCGCUCCUCUAUGUGAUGACCUGCAGCCCCCCCCACUCUGAUGGCCCUCCACUGAGCCAUGCUCUCCCCCGUGCUGGACCCAACCACCCCGGCCUAGGGGGCACGGGGCCGGGGAUUGGAGCAGGCGUAGGUGGGACGGGAGGAGCACGAGCUCCUCAAAGCGGUGGACAGCCGGGUGUUCAAUCUUAUCAGGUGCUCCUCCAAGAGCGCGAGGAGCAGCAUCGCCUCCACAUCUCCUCCUUGAAGAAGCAGAUAGCUCAGCUCAAGGAGGCUUUGCAGGAGCGUAGCCAGCAGCUAAAAGGAGUGCAGGAGAGCCUGAAGAGGGCUGCUGGGGGCCCAGCAGAGGGACAGGAAGCCGGGGCUGUGUCCCAGGGAGGCGGUCUCGGGGAGGCUCAGGGAGCCAAGAGCCAGCAGGCGGACCUCCAGGAGUUCCUGCGGAGCCAGCUGUCGAAGGCCGAGGUGACCGCAGGCACCAGGCUGCCCAGCGAAUAUGCGGUGGUGCCCUUUGAGAGUUUCACCCUGCAGAGGGUGUACCAGCUGGAGAUGGGGCUGACGCGUCACCCCGAGGAGAAGCCAGUGAGAAAGGACAAGAGAGAGGCGCUGGGGGAGGUGCUGGAGAUGGCCCUGCACAGCCUCAACACGCCAUCAUCCCAGCAAGACAGCAGGGACGCAGCAGAAAAAACUCAAACAAGCAAAGUGUACACACCAUCUGACUUCAUAGAAGGUAUCACCCGCACAGAGAAGGACAAAGGGACGCUGUAUGAGCUGAGCUUCAGAGGGGAGUCCAGAAAUGAAUUCAGGCGCCUGGUCCUCUUCCGUCCCUUUGGACCACUGAUGAAGGUGAAAAAUGAGAGGGUGGACACAGCAAAUGUCCCGAUUAACAUCAUCGUCCCGCUGUCCAGACGCACGGACAAGUUCAAACACUUCAUGCACAACUUCAGGGAAGUCUGUGUGCGUCAGGACGGCCGGGUCCAUCUGACGGUGGUGUAUUUUGGGAAAGAGCAGAUGAGCGAAGUCCGCAGCAUUCUGGAGAACACAUCCAGCAAGUCAUCUGUCUGAUGAAUAAUAGACCAGUGUGCCACCCACGCUGAGGAGCUGAGAGCCUCCAGCCAACACAGAUAAAUUACAGCAUGCCUGUGAUCAUCCCUGACUCACUCUCAAGCUCUCACAUGGACCCCUCGACACCCACACCUCUGGAGACGAUCGCUGCUGGCUGCUCAGAAGUCAGAUCCGCUGUGGACUGAGCCUAAGAUUCCCCAAGGGGGUUGCUAUGGUGACGCUUGUCGAUUUCCCGUCUCUCAAGGUUUUUCUGCAGCCUUGAUACAGUCGGACUAGCUCUAGUAUCACACAGCGUGUCUUUGUCCCUUUGGGUCUCUGACCAGCUGCUGUCGCUGAGGGGGGGAACUGUGAAGAUAAAAAAGGCAGCGUUAAAUACCUUUUGAAGUGAAGAAGAAGGCAAAAUUCAGAAAAGAAGGAAAGACAAACAGAAACAUACAAGCCUGUAAUAUUAUUGAUUUUUAGUUUGGAAGAAUUCUAAAAGGAGUGAUUGCGAAGUAUGUGAGAGAAAAGCACACCGAAUAAGGAAAAACAGUCGGAGCAAAAGUUAAGUGGAGGUACAGUCAGUGUUGGAUAAAAUACACUGCCCUAGCAGUGGUUCUGCCUUGAACUUUUUUAUGCUUUUUUAUGCUUCUCACAACUGAACAAUGCAUUCACCAGUUAUGCAGCAGCUUAUCUGGAUGUGAUUCAGUGUCUGUAAUCAGCACUGUGUGGUACUUUUCUUUUAUCUGGCUUUCAGACUGUGCCUGAAAUGAAUGGGAAUCAUCACUGUAAGAUAACUACCUGUUCCAUUAUCUUGGAGCCAGGCAGACACACAUGUAUACAGUAUACGCACAGAUAGGAUCAUAAACUGCAUAAAGGCACACAGACGAAGAUGCGUGCAGUCGGGCUGCAACUGAGGAUUUUUGUCUUAACUGAGUUAUUUAUUUUUUGAUGAAUACAUUAUCUUUUAGUUUUUAAAGUGUCUGACGUGGUUGGACAGCAUGUCCAACAAACUGAUUCUUUUCAAGCAUAAACUGGCCCUUAGGGUCAGCAGUGCUUUGAGCUAAUGCUAACAACAGCAUGCUAACAGCUAUAUUGACAUAAAUCAAAGUAUUGGACAUUUUGAAAUUUGAAUCUGAUGAUGGCACUAGAGGAAGUCAGGGGAUCACCAAAGUCUGCCAAAGGAGCAUAAAUAUCUGUACCAAAUGUCAUGGCAAUACAUCCAAAUCCAAUAAAAAACAAACAAAUGUGAACCUGAUGGUAGCGCUAGAGGAUAAGGCAGGGGAUUACCAAAGUCAUUAGGAUUUAAGCACAAACCAGUCUUUGCAUUUGCGACGUUGUAUUGAACCAAUUGUGGGUAAUUUUACUUAUAUAUAAAUGAUAAUUGAAUCAAUUAUCACUACUGUCUUUAAUCGACUAACCCAUCUGUUACACUAAUUGACUGAUCGUCUCAGCAGUAGCGCACACAUGCAUGCAAAUACUAACAAAUGCUAUUCAGUUUAACCUAAAAUAAUCCUAAUUCCAAUUUUGACCAUAAAAACUAAGUCCAAACUCCUAAAAGAGGAGUUUAAUAUUGGCCAAAUGUCCUCACUUUGAAGGUCUAAAAGCAAAUUAUUUCACACCAAGAUACCGUGCAAACACACACACACACACACACACACACACACACACACACACACACACACACACACACACACACACACACACACACACACAAGUCAAUAUCUGUUCCCAGCAGUGAUGGCAUCAUUAGUGGCUGAUCUGAUUCUACACUGCCCUUCCUACAAAUUAAAUUCACCUCUAGAAACUGCGUCUGCUCCCAAACAACCUCUAGCUAUUUGUCCUUUUUCUUUUCUUUUUUAAAUCACAUGCAGUCACACUCCCUGCUUUUUAGUAGCACAGUGUCCCUGCUGAAUUUCUUUCAAAAGAGCAUUUAUACGAUCACCAGCUAAAGUGAACUACUUGAAGCAAAUUUCUAACAAGAUCUAAAUUGUCAAGGAUCUCAGCCAGCUUUCUAAUCCCAAUCAACCUCUUUUCAGUGAUUAAAUGAGCAUAAAAGAAUGCGUUUUUUUGCAGGUGCUAAUUAUGUGGGUGUAUAUAUCAAAGGCCAAACCAGGUCUACUACUAACAAAAGCCACAAAAAAACAGAAUAUAGGAGAUAGAAUAGCAGCGCACUAGAAAAAUCAGAGCAUCAGUUUUCAAGCAUUCUGCCAGACACUGGGGAUAUCGUUUAAAAUAGAUAGGAUCAGCUGCUGAACUUUUCAGUAUAUUACUUACACAUCCAUACUUCAAAGCCUGAACUCAGGCUCUAACCAUCGGGGGGCAUGUAAGUUCCUCAGCCUUACAUGCUCAAGAAUUAUGAUCGAGAAUGUGAGAUAAAGCUGAAGAGAUAGAGAAAAGAGAGAGGGAGGUUGUGUGUAACGGAAGGAAAAGAUUAAGCAAUCUGUUUUAAAGAGAUACCAGUCAAUAUGAAUAAGUACUGUGUUUCAGAUGCAGGGGAGAGACGAUGGCUGAGGGGGAAACACUGAGACAGUAAGUUAGAGGAGAGGUGUAAAGAUAAGAUGGGAGAGAAAGUUGGAAAAAAGUCAGAUUUUCCAAGAAUGGAAGAAGAGCAUGAACAAGGAUAUCAAAGUACGUUAAGAUGAAAGAGAAGCAUCGGAAAUUUGAACAAAGAAAUGAAGGCUGAGAUUAUUCUGUCACUCAUUCAGCUACAACCUUUACCUCAACUCGUGUCAGCCUCUCCAAUAAGCCUUUCAUGUAAUGGUGGCAUUUCAUUCAGUUCACAGACGGGUCGACAACUUUCUGAAGAGCCUCUGACAGCUCUGAGGAAGCGAGAAGAUAAUGUCCAGCAGAAGGUGAAUGAGAAAUUAGGAGUGGCUGAAAUGAUUAACAAAUCAUGGAGGAGUUUUGAAAGCUGUCCAAUAUAAUUAUUUAAAGAGAGUCUCUACAAAUCGCCAGUACCCAAUUUUGCAAAUUACUCACUGCUGAUAACUCGUGUAGCUGUCUUGCCUGAGGGCUGAGCCUAAGAGUGAUCACAACAAUUCAAAUUUUUUUUAUAGCUUGCACUUACACCUCUUCAUUACAUGCACAGGCUGCUGCUUCCCCAGCUCACUGUAAAGCACUAGCUUUUUUUUCUUCUUCUGCACAAUAGCCCAGAAAGGAUACAUAGCCUCCCUGCUCUGUAAACAGCAGACAAGUGACAGACAAAUAGGGGAAAUUAGUUGCUUAAAAUGUAUAGUCAUUAGAAAUUCACAGGUAGAAGAGAGUUGGCAUUGCUGCAUCAGAGCAUAGAGAGAUGUUAAGGAAGUGAAAACAGUUUAGUUUAUUUAGUUGAAAUGAAUGUAUGAGGCAAGAGACUUGACUUAAUUUGCACAAACUUGAAAGUGUUUUACUACUACGCAGUAUUUUGCCAAAUAAAACUGACACACAAAAACAUGUAGUGGUGCUGCUAAUACGGCGUGAAAUUCAAAUGUCCAAGUAUAAAACCCAAUGUACAGCUGAGGCUAAUGGGAAUGUCAUUGGUUUUGUAUUUGGUCAUAAAGCAAAAUAUUGGACACAUUCUGACUAGAAGAUGUCGUUAGAGAAAAAAUUAAAGAUCAACAAUGUAAAACUUUGCUCAAACUCAAAACCACAAGCCAACCUCAUGAUGGCACUAGAGGAAACGUCAGGAGAUCAACAAACGCAUUAGGAUUCAUCUUAAACGUUUGUUCCAAUCCAUCCAGUAGAUGUUGAGAUAUUUUACUAGAUAAAUGAAAACAUUGAUCGGUUGUGGACGCUAGAGGAAAAAGUCAGGGGAUCACCAAAGUCAUUAGAAGUUAUCUUCUGGGGAACAAGACUGUUGUGGUGGUGGGCCGACAGACUCACCAACAUUGCCACCACUGGAGUAAUGUUACUAGCAUGGGAAAAUAGCAAGAAUGCUUCACUGGUAUCUCAGAAACAUGUUGAGACUGAAAAUAAGCCCGGAUAUGGCCACAUAGAGGCAGAGAAUUUUCACAAACACUAAACACUGUGUCUGCUGUCACUCCUGAAGCUAUAAUGGCAAAAACAUGCAAAUGGUUACACACUCCCAGUGAAAGAAAAUCUGGUUUCCCUUUCCUGUCCUGAGCAGAACUAACAGGAUCAGGACUGCUGCUGAGAAACAACAUGACAGCUCUUAACAGGCUUCUCACUCUGACACAAUUUCAACAAUUUACCCUACCUUGUAGGUACCAGCCACCACACCCACAGUAAAUAAAUUGACUAUUUUUGGCCAAAGAGAUUACAUUUUCCCCUAAAUAAUAGCAGUAAUCAGGAAAAUAUUACCACCAUAAAAUUAUGAAUUAUUUAUAACUACAUUUCUCUUAAGACACAAAAACGCACAGCUGAUUAUAAAUCAUUGCAGAUUCAUGUCUGUACGCCUAAUGAGAAUGCUACUGCCAAGAGACGCGGGGGAAACAGUAGCCUGAGUCUGUCCAAUGGUAACAAAAUCGACCUAGAAUUUACAUUACACAGUAUCUGUUUGUUUAAUUUACUCCAAAACCAAAAACUUUAGCUAGCAGGCAGAUUUGUUUUUACCUUUGGACAUAGCCAAGCUAGCUGUUACCCUGCGCUUCCUGUCUUUAAGGGGCUUAGCUGCAUACAGUAUAUUAGCAUAUCUCACAGCCCAGUGUCCUCUGUAUAUUUGUCGAGGAGUAUUGGUUUUCAGGACAGAUUUACAUCAAUUUAGUCCUCUGCCCUUAGAUAAAUCAAUUAAAGUGAACGUCAGUGAAAUUCAAAGUGACACAUGCAUGCAAAUGAUCUCACUGAGCUGUGCCAAAAUGUAAAACAAGGCUCCAAGAAGACCAGAAAUCUAACAAAAUCUGCAUACCAGCAUUUCUAAAGCUCAUUAAAUGAUACAUAUUUGGGUUCUUUUCAUACAUACCCGAACCGAACCCCCAGUAAAACCAUAAAUAGUCGUUUUUACGUUUUAGUUUUUCUAUGGACUAAACAAACGAUAUUUUUUUUUUAGUUAUAGAGGUGCUGAUAGACGUGUUCGUACAAAAACAUGUACAUUAACCAAAACGUUAAAACCUCUUAAGAGGUGCUGUUUGGGGGUGAACCUCUGGACAGAGCCAGCCAUGCUGUCUUUAUGCUAAGCUAAGAUAAUAAGCUGAUGGCUGUAGCUUCAUAUUGAGCGUACAGAGUGGUAUCGAUCUUGUCAUCUAACUCUUGUAAAGAAAGCUAAUACGAGUGUUCUCCAAAAUGUCAAACAAUUCCUUUAAAACAAAGGAGGACAUCAUGUUUUGCUUAACAACAUAAAAUCUAAAUUUCAUCACUUUUGUUUUGUGUUAAUUUGCAAGAAAUAAGCAAUUUAUUUCAGUCACUGAGAUGCUCCUGUUGAAAGUUUUCUCUUCAUCUCUGACAAAUGAGCUCCCCGCCCCGUUAAAGUUGAGUCUGAGUCAACAUGUGAAUGUAGCUGCUAUUUCAUUGGCAUUGUUUGAGACAAACAGAGCUAUUGUGCUCUGUCUCUGCCAUCUGUGGACAGUUUAGUCCCAGUGGGUGGGUCAGCCUCUCCUGGGACUCUAAAACAGAUCGAUUCUGUUUGAAUUCAUAAACUGUAGACAGACAUAGCAUAUACUGCAGACAUGUUGAUUGACAGCACAUAAACACCAAUGGACAGGUACACAAGAACAUUUUGUUAUUCUUCCUGAUAUUUUACCUAGUUGUAAUUUAGACAAACAAGAUGAUCAUAAGUGGCGUCAUGUUUAUGUGUCUCUACUUUGACCAGAAUUAAAAGGUCUUAUUUAAUAAGAUAUAAGAGAUACAAAAGGAUAGGAGUGAGACAAAGGUUUUUACACAGUAAUAUACAUGAAUAUAUAUGUUGAUCCACACUAUUCACACAGACAUCUACACUCAGCUGUAAUGGAAAAGCGGGAAGCAUGAUUCAAGCUGCCUCUGGCAAAAACUAACAGACCAUGUUUCCUUUGGUCAUCUUGGUUUCCUCUAACAAAGCUGUGUAUGUCUACCCAACAUCACAUAAAUGAAGGAGGAGGUCAGAUCCUGUUUGUUCUGCCUCGGACACGAGACGUGUGAUCCAAUUUUUCCUCAGUGUCUUCAAGCUUAGGUCGAUCUAAUGUGCGUGUCUGUGUAUGUGCAUGCAUGAGUAACGGAUUAGUCACAAGCAGUGUGAACUGUUAUGGUUAAGGGAAAAAAGCCACAGCUGUGUUCAUCUUGAUCCAGCUGUUUCUCUUUACUCUCACCACAUCCUCAGAAAAAUGCAGGCCAGUGAUGGAGGAGGCUUUGUUGACCUUCAGGUUCUUCACAAUCUGUGGCCUUUUACUCAUUAUAUCCAGCUUCAUUAUAUUUUUGCCCAGUACUCCCCUUCUGCAAAACUAUGUGGCCCUCAGGUGUGCUGCGCUAGUUUUUGACUAAACACAAAUGUAUUGAGGAAUAGGCAGCAUAUGAGCCACAGUAUCAGUUGAAAUAAUAAAGACAUUUAAAUGGGAUUUUGGCACAAGACAGAGCGUUAAGAUUUGAUAAGAAUGCAGGAGCCAGGUAAUUUCAGUUUAAAAAUUAAGUGGUGCAUAUUCCCAAGCAAACUGACACAUUAAUUAAACUACUGGCUGCAGAUUGGACACAAGAUGAUUUCAUAGCUGAGGAGCACAACAGGCUUGGAGACUCCUUGUUCACAUCAGACCUGCAAGAUUACCUGCUGAAUAUUGCAUUAUAAUUUCAGUUUCUGAAGCAUUUCAACCAGCGCAUAAAUCAUCAAGCCACAACUUACUUCUGCUUUUUUCUCUGUCUUUCUCUUAACCAUCUCCUGUUUUAAUUCAUUUUAUU